AUGGCUGUAAAGCUGAUCCAAAGGCUGCAACCAAGAUUGUUCGGUCGAACGGUUGAUACAGGUUAUGCAACUGAAGAGCAUCAAUAUUGGCUGUGGCAAGGAGUAGACAUGUUGCACUCGUACAAACAAGAUGUUGAUCAGAAAUUCCCAUAUAACAUCACAUUACCGAAAGUGAUGGCCAUGGAGAUGCGGACCAAGAUGGGGCUCUCAAUUAUCAGAAGCGCCAGAAGUUUUUCUCCAAAAUCAGUAGCUGAAACUAUGAUGCCAUCGCACUCUGAUUUGGGACUUGAAUUAGAUAUUGAAAAUACUCUCAAAAAAAAUGAAAUCCGCUGA